AUGCCAAACAUAUCAAACGCCACCACCGUCCAGGAACACCUCCGGGAUCUUCACACCCUCGUCGAAGACUCGCUCAAGCAAUGGAACCUCUCCACCAACACAACUGCUGCAACCGCUCUUGUCGGACAAGCCCAUCCCAAUCGUCUCUCCCAUGAAUUGCAUCCACUGGGACCUGUGCAGGUGGGCAUGCUUCAAAAGGAUUUCAAGGAAAAGAUCGCCGCGAUCCGUGCCAUCUGCCUAUCGUUUGCUCAGGGACCGUUGCACCAGUCUAUUAGUGUCGGCGAUGCUUCAAGUACUUCUGCCUUCAGGAAGUAUUCGACUCUCUUGAAGGAAGAGACACAGUUGGAAGAGGCUUUAUCAUCAGUGAAGGCGAGCAUGACACAGUGUCAGAAUACCUUACGGGCGGCUUCUCAGGAUGGCGGUAUCAAGAAGGAUCAUUUGCUCGGCAGUAUCAAGGAAAUGGCUACUGGACUUGGACUGGAGUGCUAUCUGGAUACAGGAUCCCGGCCAUAUAGUGCUCUUCCAGUGUCUAUUCUGACCAUCGGCGGAAUCGUCAUUGUUGUCGAUAUCGAAGUGGAGAGCACAGGAGCCAUAUUGAAGGUCAAGGUCUCUUUCUUCCCAGAGAUUCAUCAGGACGAGAGGGUCGAUCGACUGUUGGCCAGCAACCUUCGAUGCAAGUGUGGAAAGUUACUGCAGACAGAGGACAGGUCCGCCACAGCAAACCUGUUGCAUCUUCCCGACUGCAGUCGCAAUUUUGACGCUUUCUCAAAGAACCUCAAGGCCCUUGCUGUCCUGGACAACUUUCAAAAGAAGUAUCCUGUCGACUUUUUCCACAACAUGCGUGCCAUGGAUCUGGACCUCAAGGAACUUUUCAGGCGGGAAAUGCUGCUGACGAAUAAUGAUAUCGAGAGGGUAUUCAAGCAUGGACACGGUAUUCCAAUGACACACGCGGUGCUUCCAGGACCAUCAGUCGCAUACUGGGCCCCCAAGUCAGAACUAUUGGACGUAUCAUGGAGUGCAUUAGCAACGGCGAUUGAGCAAGGAGCCAACGAGAAGGUCAAGAUCCCUUUCCACAGGAUCAGCAUUACAAUGGAGGAGUCGACCGCGUCAGCCUCAGGAUAUCUGCCUGCAGAUAGGGCAGGAUUUUUGCUAUCAGAGGAAGAGACACAGACGUUAAGCGGUCUUUCCUAUGGCAGUAUCAUGAACGACCAAGGCAGUGUGGGCGCAUCAACGAUUCUUCAACAGCCUUUGAGGUGGGUUGUACCAACCUCGGACUCGACAAUUGAGGCGACCUAUGUGGCGGUUCUUCACCCACCUGUCGUCGUUUCGGAGGAUUUGGCCAAGCAACUGGCGGCUCUUUCGAAUCAGGCUGGAUUCAACACUAUGGGCCUGAACCGGGAUCAAGGCUAUCUCUCACUCCAGGAACUGCUGGUGAACCGAGCAAUUGAACAAACGCAGUGGGAGAUUGUUUUGGAUCAAGGACCCAAUGCGGUCCGCCAGCUGUUUUCGUUUGACAGGACAAAAUGCGAAGCGCGUUUGUUGCAUAGGAUCCCAUUCACCCAUAUCUCUCAAGUCUACAUGUGCACAAAGCUCCUCCGUCAGCAAAUGGUAUUCAACGCGCUGUUCCAGAGCUGUUUCAAGGAGACAUCAUCACCAGAGGAGAUCAAGAAGCGACUUAAUGCAGCACACACAGGAAACGGUGAAGACAACGACGACAGCAACGACAAUGUGGAUACGACAUCCGAGGUGGCGAUUAUCAUUCAGACACCACAACCUCCAAACAUAAUCCUGGCCACGUUCAUCAACCCGUUCACGGAAACGUCAAUGAGGAUCGAGAUUGUGAUUGACCCAGUGACAGCGUCUCCUACUGUGCGACUCGAUACAGGAAUGGGUCACGCCUCGCCAAUGAUGGGAUUCCAAACCGGCGGAGAGUUCCAGUAUAUGCAGCAGCAACAGCAACAGCAGGACCAGUACAUGCAACACAACCUACAGCAACAGCAGCAGGAUGUAUUUGUGGUAGAUAGCAUCAAGUUGACACAGGUGCUGUUGUUGUGUGACAGUAUCCCGAUCUUGGUCCGGUGGAUCUUGAAGCGGUCGUUUGUGUGGAUGAAGGAGCGGCAUCAGUUGCUGGGUAGAAGUGGCUCUGUGCAGAGUGGACGGCGGCCUUCGUCUCAUACUGAGGAUGGUGGGAUCUUAAAGCGUCCUCGCGUGUAA